GUCCACGACGGCCCUGUUCCCCGAGGCGCCCUAUCGUUGUUCUACCCAGCUUCUAAGGUGAUUCCUAAGUGUUUUUUGUCGUCCACUUCGAAUCCACUUCCCACACACUUGAGCACCGUCGUCUGGCAUCGUCGCAUGCAGCUUUCAGUGGCAUUUCCAUACCGCCUAUCUGUAUGAGACAUGACUUUACGGACUAGAGCGGUUGUACCUGCUUCUACCCACCUUCUAGGGGUUGCCGCCCCGAUCUUAGCAUAAAGCUUUGCGAAUUCUCAAGGUUCUCGUGGGAAACUCUAGCCCUGGGGGUUUCACCUCGAUUUUUCGACCCGUGAGACAUGUGCACCCGGCAAACCAGGCAGCUUUGGGAUUGUUCAAAAUCCUGCGCCAAGAAUGCCAUGCCUUAAUUACGAACAGAUCCUUGGGUUUGUGACAAAAAGAAUCAGGUUCAAACGUUUUCAAAAUGUAACUCUAUGAAAAUAGAUAUAAGCACUGCCAGUUUGUUUCCAAACGAGGAAUGUGCCUCGCUCAGCCUGGUGAUAACCUAUUACAAUAUCUGCCCCCUGUCAUUCUUACUCACGUCUGUAGCGGCAUGGUGGCAACGUGGCACGCUCCUGUGCACUGCAACAAUGUCACUUCCACUGCCGCGGAUUGUGCCACUGUUCUGGGUGUUACAGUUCGCGACUUACAAAUCUGCUUAUUCGAUGCUUUGUAGGACCGCUAAAUCCAUUUUUAGGUACCUUUUCCGAGACAGUAAUCUGUACUGAUACGCGGCCAUGGCGCUGUGCUCAAAGACAGUUUCCAUCUUCGGAUCUGAACACUGGCACGUGGUUCUGUUUCCGUCUGCGGCAAUGUCCAUCCAAGUUCCCAUUCUCAAAAAAAGACAGCGGCAGACGGGAGCACCCGACUCUGUGCUGUUCUACGUAUCCUCGCAUCUCUCCAUUCCCAUGACUUCGGCCUCGCGCACCGAGCUCGUCUUUCGUCUCAAAUCGACAAGGCGAUACGUGUGGACCGUGGCAUUCUCCAUGGUUAGACUGCUUCAAACUAGUGUAGAAUUCUGACAUGAGGGGCGGGCCGCCCACGGGAGCGGUUCUUCUCCUUACUCGAUUUCUUUAUUAUCAUAAAAAUCUUUUUUGGGGGGAUUUUCUAUCAUUAGAGAUAGACUUGAUAUGUGUCAAAAAUGACUUGGGGCCAACCGAGCGGUCAUCUGCGCAGGAACCCGCCAUGUCGAUAGGCUGGCACAGCGUGAAGGAGUGUGGGGAGAGCUCCUGACUGGAUAACUCCCACAAAUAUCAUCCCACCCUUCUUUAUUUCGACCGGUCAAAGUCUGGUCCCUCGGCAAAAGCAUGCUCAUCUGGGAACUUUUGG